GCUAUAGACUAUAGUAAUAGUCUUCAUGGCAUUCUUAAUCCGUCAUAUUGUAACACAUGAUAGUGAUUACUUAUCAGUGAUCAUUAAUGUAACAUUUUAUUUUUAUAAUACCUAAUAAUAAUAUUAAAUUAGUAUACUAAUAAUUCCAUUUCCUAUUAAAUAAUGCUCAAUUAGGACAUUAGGUAAUAGGUAGCCAAUAGUAGGUAUAUUAUUAUCACCUUAACACUUAAUACAACGCUGUAACCUUCAUUGUCUGAAUUUCACGUCUUGGUGGUUUUGGAUCCAAAGUACCUACUCAAAAAUGGCUUCAAAAGUAAUUUCGGUGUACGAAAAUACACAAAAGCUGGGUGCAGAAUUGGCCAAAAAUCUCUCGGAACUAGCCAAUGAUGUACUGGGUGAAGGAGGAAAUGCUGUUUUUAAAAUUGGACUUUCUGGUGGAUCGGUCGUGUCGCUGUUAUCCGAAUAUUUGGCUAAAGUUGAAACAGAUUGGUCAAAGUGGAGAUUUUUUUUUUGUGAUGAGAGACUGGUGGAUUUUAAUGAUCCAGAGUCUACAUUUGCUCAGUAUAGAGACAAAUUUAUCAGCAACCUUCCUAUCAGUGAAGAUCAAUUUAUUAAAAUAAACCCCCAACUUCCCGUUGAUGAGGCAGCUAAAGAUUACAUCCAAAAGAUAUCCGUAUAUUUUGCACCCUACGAUUUGCCUCGGUUUGACGCAUUAAUAUUGGGUGUUGGUCCUGAUGGACAUACAUGUUCUUUGUUCCCUGGACACAAAUUAUGUGAAGAAACAUCAGUAUGGGUGGCUCCAAUUUCUGAUUCACCAAAGCCUCCACCAAACAGAAUUACUUUUACAUUUCCAAUUCUCAAUAAUGCCAGAUACUGUGCAUUUAUAGCAACCGGGAGCUCAAAAGCUGAUAUUUUGAAGCGCAUUCUUAAGGAUGGUGAACAAUUACCCGCCAAUUGUGUACAGCCAGUAAAUGGUAGUGUACAAUGGUUAUUAGAUGAAGCUGCAGCCAAGCUAUUACAAGAAGAAACGUCUUUGUAAAUUAUUUAUGUUAUUUUUAACAAGGUAUUGGUUAAGAAUGGAAACUAUUUAUUUUUUAAAUUUUGGUGUCUGAUAAAUUUUAUCCUGAUAAAAUUCAUACUCUAUUUGUAUUUAUUUUAUGUUGUGUGUGAAAAAAAUCCAUCAAGAAGUAAAUAAUUUAUAAGAUAUAA